AUGCCGUUCUUCAAAGAGCUGCGCCGACGAUCAAAAGCCAGUUUCCGAACUUCCGAUUCCUCAACAGAGUCGAAUGGUACGGUGCCAACUGCCAAAUCCUCAUCCACCCUCAACUCCACGCCAGGAAGCACCACACCGCCGUCCACCUAUUAUGCCAAUGGGUCUUCUCAUAAUGUAUUGGGCAGCGUUAAGAGCAAUGGCGACACCCCACCUCCGAUCCCUCAGAGACCAAGCGUCAUGGUGCCAAGCUCAAACCGCAAUAGCAUGAUAGCUCUGUCUCCAUCUGGCUCCAAUGGCACCAUACGAGUACCUCCGCCGACCUCCAUGUACGCGCCCCGGGUGACUUCUAUCUUGGACAACUCAGUGGUCCAUCACAAGCUGCUGUUGGUGAAUGGAGAAAUAGGCGAUCCCAAUCAGAAGCCCAUGGAUGGCAAUUUGACGGUUCACCACGACAAGGACGGACAGGCGUUUCCACCUACCAACUGGCCAGUCUCAGAUUCAUAUUUCAAGGCUUUGAUCUACCUAUCACCUGGCUGGAAUAGAAUACGCUUCGACUUCACGUCGCCAUCAUUGAGCCGCCACAGCAAUGGGGUCACGCCUACGAUGCAUUCCUCCUACAUUAUGCUAAACUACCUUCCGUUGAAUAGCGCACCGCCUUUACAGCUGGUGAUCCUCGUUGGGAAGGAUUCACCCUGUACAUACGAUGCGGUACCGCAAAGAAUACAGAAUGAAGGAAAUGACCUGUCGAUGGCCAUUAGAAAGUUUCGAAUGGCUGCUCAUCUGUGGCAGACAUUUACGGCCGAACAGAUGUAUCGACACAAGUUCGGUCGCAGAUGUUUCAGGUUCGAAGAAGAGUGGCAGACGGGCACUCUGUCCAUCCGGGACUGGGAGAUCGGGACCAUGAAAAAUGAAACUAGGAUUCAUGUUGUACGCUCAGACAGAACUACCGAAGAGCUGCAGAGUCUUGAGUAUGCACAGCAAUAUGGUCCGGCGGCGAAGAAGGGGGACCUGUACUCGAUUGCUGCAGAUGCUGUCAAGAAACAUUUCAACAUCCGCCCUGGACAGAAGCAAUACGUCGCUUGUAUGCUUCUCGAUUCGCAUUGGGAUCCAGACGCGGGCACAAUCCGAGGACAUGCUGCGCUAGGCGGUACCGGUGAUGACCUCGGCCUUGCCAUUUUCGGUUCUCACGCUCUUCAGAGCUACCCAUCCUCCAUUGAAGAAAUAGUUCCAGCUUUCAGUGACUGCACACGGACAGAUACCAAAUACGUCGCAAACGAUUGCAAUGAGUCUGGAAGCAGUUGGGAAGCUGCGAAUAUCGGCAUUGGGGCUCAUCUGCAUGAAGUUGGCCACCUGUUCGGCUGUCCACAUCAAGAGAAUGGAGUCAUGCUCAGGGACUACGUCCGGCUAAAUCGAACAUUCCUAGUCAGGGAGCCGUUUUCAACAAGAACGAAAUCACAAGGGCUGCCGAUCUGCCGGCCAGAAGACGAAUGCGCCUGGCAUCGACUCGACGCUCUGCGAUUUCGGCACCACCCCUGCUUCAGAAUACCCAGCGACGAAUCUCUGCCACAAGACGACAGCAUCCAGUAUUUCCCGGUCGGCAACGGCAGUGUAAUCUGUUCUGCGGCAUCAGGAAUAGCCUUCGUUGAAAUUCGAACGCCCGAUGACGAAUUGUGCCGACAGUGGCUUGAUUUCACCACAACCGAUCCUCGCCGCAGCGUCAUGCCCCGACAAAUCUCCCUCGCAGAAGCUGAUAUCCGAGCACGUCUCCCUGAGGACAAGAAGAAAGCCAAGGUGUCUCUCACCAUCUUCUGCGGCAGUUCUCGGAGUGAGCAGAUCGAGGACUUGGAAGAUCUCUUAUCGAAAAAGAAUAUCGUCGCACUACCUCAUUCCUUCGACACACGGCUGGGCUUCCGAAGCAAAAAGUUGGGCCACUCUCAGCUAGAGGGUUCUCAACCGAUCGAGUUAAUUCUGGAGAGCACUCAUCUGCAGACGAAACUUCUGACUUCUGUCAGGGUGUAUUCUGGAUAUGCACUUGACGGAAUAGAGUUCUGCUAUGAGGAUGGUCACAGUCAGCUGUUCGGCAAGAGAGGAGGUAAGCCUGGUGGGGAUGAGUUCUUCCUGGAUACUCGGCGUGGGGAGACCAUCCUCGGUUUCUACCUGCGCGCUGGCCUGUGGAUCGACGGAAUCGAGAUCUUGACCAGCACCGGUCGGAGAUCAGGUGUCUUUGGUAAUGCAACCGGUGGCUCGGGGCACACUUUGAUGGCCCCUCGAGGUUACAGCCUCGCAGGAAUUUCUGGCAGUUGUGGAUCGUGGGUGGAUGGUUUCCAGAUCAUCAUCACACGAUAA